AUGGAUUCAAACAACUCAAAUGAUCUCGACAAACUCUUUUGGGAUUUGAUUGAAGACGGAUUUAUGGACAACACAGAUGAGGAACUACUAAUGUCAAUGCUCGAGAAGGAACGCCAAUAUGGAAGUUUCUUUAGGCGAAAGAGAAGAACAAUGAUAUGUCGAAGUCGUGAAGAAGGGCACAAUCGAUUAUUCAAUGACUACUUCUCAGAAAAUCCAGUAUACCUAGAUGUUCAACUUUGA